UGCCCGUUCUCUAGCGCCGCUUACUUCGGGGCCCAGCAGAUGCCGGAGACCAGGGAGCCCUCGCGCAGGACCUCGCAGGGGCCGCUAGCCAGCCUCCUGCGCCCGCCGGGUCUUCAGAGAUUCUCCGGAGAAGAUGUGGACAUCACUUUGGACCCCUGCUGAAAGACUUUAUCCUGGAUCGUGUCAGCCCAAGGGAGGUGAGGAGUUGCAGCUGAGAUUUGAAAACAUGGAAGGAAAGGACAGCUGAGAGAAGAAAGUUGAAAGAUACGGAGUUGUCACUCUGGCUCUUCUAGAGUGCUGUCCCAGCAGUCACCCUUGAGCCCCCAUGGAACAAGUCCUCGGUCUAGAAAGAAAGGAUUUCAGUCUCUUCUUGAUGUGACAUUGUUCUCUCAUUUCCUCACAGAUCACACCCCUGCCGAUAAUGUCUGUGGAAAAUGGCUCAGUUCAUCCUGGUAGGACUUACAGACCAAAGUCAACUCCAGAUACCCCUCUUCUUCCUCUUCUUAUUGAACUGUAUGGUCACUGUGGUAGGGAAUUUGAGCUUAAUUAAUCAGAUAUGCCUGAACUCUCAUCUUCACACUCCCAAGUAUUUUUUGGUCUUCAACCUGUCCUUCAUAGAUCUCUGCCACUCCUUGGUCAUUACGCCUAAACUGCUGAUGAGCUUUGUGUCAGAGAACAUCAUCUCCUUUGCAGGGUGCAUGACUCUGUUGGUUUUUCUUUUCUGUUUCUUUGUCCAUUCUGAAUGCUAUGUGUUGACAGCCAUGGCCUAUGAUCGCUGUGUGUCCAUCUGUAAGCCCCUUUUGUACACAGUCACCAUGUCCCCUCAGGUCUCUUCUUUGCUGAUGUUUGGUUCAUAUGUAAUGGUGUUUGCCGGUGCCAUGGCCCACACAGGGCACAUGGUCCAAUUAUCCUUUUGUGAUUCCAGCAUCACCAACCAUUACAUGUGUGACAUCUUCCCCCUCCUCCAGCUGUCCUGCAGCAGCACUGAUGCCAGUGAGCUGGUGGAUUCCAUUAUUGUGAGCACAGUUAUAAUAAUAUGUAGCUUCAUUAUUUUUGUUUCUUAUGGUUUGAUCCUCUCCAGUAUCCUCCACAUCUCAUCAGCUCAGUGUUGGUCCAAAGCCCUCAGUACUUGUGGCUCCCACAUAAUAACUGUUGCCCUCUUCUAUGGUUCUGGGUUGUUUACACAUCUCAAGACCUUUUCUGAUGGUUCUGUGGGCCAGGGGGAGUUCUUCUCAGUAUUUUAUACCAAUGUAGUCCCCAUGUUGAACCUCCUCAUCUAUAGUCUAAGGAACAAGGAUGUCAAACUUGCUCUGAAGAAAACCCUAAAGAGAGUUGCGAACUAA